AUGUCGUCGAAAAGAUUACCGGCAUACCCAGCAUAUCUGCUGGGGAUCCCCGAGCUACAUCAGGCAAGCGUGGCACAGCGAAUGGCCUGGGCUGCCGAGCGGGUUACGAAGCGAAAAGAGGACAUCGCUUACAGUCUCGUCGGCCUCUUCGGUGUGAACAUGCCCAUGAUAUACGGCGAAGGUGACAAGGCCUUUCCAAUUCCCGGCAGAUUUCUAGCAUCCGCUCCGUCGGAUUUUGUCAACUGUGGCGGAAUUACUUCGCCAGAGCAACUUUCGGGCCACUUGUUCGACAAAUCUGCCUCCGGUCUAGAGUUGACUGAUGUCGAGCCGAAAGCUCGCUGGCACAAAGAAAGGGCCCUGAUCGAGGCUGCGAUAAACGAUCCAGAGAGUGACCACAGCAUAUGA